AUGGUCAUGGAAGAGUUCGGUGCCUUGCGUAAACGGAGGAAAGUUAUUGCUAGUGCCAAAUUGGGGUUAACAAGUGGGGACCUUCUUGAACAAAAACUUGAAAGGCGAGCAUUGCAAAAAGGAUUUCUACUUGAGUUCAAGAAAGAUUCUGAAAGAGUAUUGCUAGCAGUUGCUCAAAAACCAGAUGGCAAGAAGAACUGGAUGGUUUCUGAUCAGUCUGAUUGUUCUCUUAUUCUUGUUUGCUACAGAAUGGUGCAACAACUUCCAUUAAAACCACAACAGAUAACUUUUAUUGUUCCUGGUGCUGAAAAUUUUGAUCACACAGAAAUAGCAGAUUUUAUCCAAAAAGCUGAAAAUAAUUUGGAUCACUCUUUGCUUGAGUGUGCCUGGGCUGAGCUUCUUGAGCAGAAUAAGUCGGUAACAGUUGAGGAGUUUGCUGAGAUAAUUUUUGGUAGUGCGGAGCCUCUUGAAAGCUAUUGUUCCCACCUUUUGCUUUCACAAGAUGAAAUUUACUUUACAGUGGUAGAGAAGAGAGGUUCUUUUUCGGUUUAUGGGCCUCGGCCUGCUACGCAGGUAGAGGAACUUCAACGUAGAAAGCUUGCUAAGGAGGCUGCUGAGAAGGAAUUUCAGGAAUUUGUGCAGUUACUGAAAUCUGCCAAGGCAAUGCCUCCAAGUGCAAAUCCCUCCAAAUCUUCCUGGGAGGUUGAUGAGAAAAUUCGACACAGAAUCAAAUCUCUUGAAGCUUAUGCAAUUGAUGCUUGUGAGAAUGAUGAUCAAAAGAAAACUGCUGGGCUGAUUCUCAAGUCGAUGGGACUUGCAAAAACAUCAGCAUCAGCCCUAAAUCUUCUUAUAGACAUUGGAUAUUUUCCAGUCCAUGUCAAUCUUGAUGUGUUAAAAUUCAAUAUCCGUACCGACCAUUCGGAUGAGCUUAUAUCUACUGCUGAAAGGCUUCUUUUGGAGUCGUUGGAUCCAGAUGAAGAGGACAGAAUCGAUUUGACUCACCUUAAGGUUUAUGCAAUUGAUGUUGAUGAGGCCGAUGAGCUUGAUGAUGCACUCAGUGCAGCAAGGUUGAGUGAUGGUCGGAUUAAAGUUUGGAUACAUGUUGCAGAUCCAGCUAGCUUAGUUCAUCCUGGGAGCAUAAUAGAUAGAGAGGCCUUGAAAAGAGGAACUUCUGUUUUCUUACCCACUGCUACUUAUCCUAUGUUUCCUGAGAAACUUGCCAUGGAGGGAAUGAGCUUGAAGCAAGGAUCACUUUGUAAAGCUGUUUCUGUGUCUGUCAUACUUCAUCCUGAUGGAAGUAUUGCAGAAUACACAGUGGAUAAUUCUAUUAUUAAGCCUACUUAUAUGCUAACAUAUGAGAGUGCGACUGAGCUGCUUUACCUAAAUCUAGAGGAGGAAGUUGAACUGAAAAUUUUGUCUGAGGCUGCAGCUCUCCGUCUACAAUGGCGUCGCAACCAGGGAGCAAUUGACACAGCCACAUUAGAGACACGGAUCAAGGUGGAUAAUCCGGAUGAUCCAGAGCCAUCAAUCAAUCUAUAUAUCGAAAACCAGGCAGACCCUGCAAUGCGGCUUGUCUCUGAGAUGAUGAUACUCUGUGGUGAAGCUAUAGCCACUUUUGGAUCUUUGAACAAUAUUCCACUACCCUUUAGAGGACAGCCCCAGUCAAACAUUGAUGUUUCUGCAUUUGCCCAUCUGCCUGAAGGACCUGUUAAGAGUUCAGCAAUUGUUAGAACAAUGCGUGCGGCUGAGUUGGAUUUCAGGAAGCCUAUACGCCAUGGAGUUUUGGGACUCCCCGGUUAUGUUCAGUUUACAUCUCCCAUUCGGAGAUACAUGGAUCUCCUUGCUCAUUAUCAGGCAAAUAACUCAAACCUUAAGGUAAAAGCCUUCCUUAGAGGUGAUUCUGCGCCUUUUUCAGCUGGUCAGCUAGAAGGAAUGGCAUCAAUAGUGAACAUGAACACUAGACUAGUAAGAAGGAUCUGCAGCAGUGCUCUUCGUUAUUGGAUAUUGGAAUAUUUGAGAAGACAACCAAAGGAAGCAAGAAGCGCUUUGAUCCUCAGAUUCAUCAAAGAUAGAGUUGCAGCAUUGCUUUUACUGGAGGUAGGAGUUCAAGCUUCUGCAUGGGUCUCUGUGGGGGUGCAGGUUGGUGAUGAAGUGGAGGUUCAAGUAGAAGAAGCUUAUCCGCGUGAUGAUGUUCUCUCUCUCAAAGAGGUUUUUAAAGCAGAGUAA